AUGCGAGGUGGUCCUAGGGGUUUGUCUGACCAUUGUCCUAUUAUAGUGGAAGAGAGGGGGCGAAGCGACGGGCCAAGGCCUUUCAGAAGUCUUUAUUCGUGGUUUACCCAUGAAGGUUUUCUGAGAAUGGUCAAGGAGGAAUGGAGAGGCCUUGGUGAGGCACAAUUCACUGAUAAAUUGAAGGCUCUGAUAGGUUCUCUGGGAAGAUGGCAUAAAGAUAACUUUGGGGAGAUGGACAAGAAAAUCAUGAAGUUUGAGGAAGAGAUCAAGAAGAUUGAUGACAAGGUGGGUGGUGGUGUUUAUGAUGGAACAAUGGAGGCAAGAAGAAGGGCGCUGGUGACUUUCUGUGAGAAAUGGUAUGUAAGGAAGGAACUACAUUGGAAGCAGAUGUCGCGAUCUAGACAUGCGAAGGACAUUGACAAGAAUACAAGGUACUUCCACAAUUUAGCUUCUGCGAGAAGGAGAAAUAACAGGAUUGAUGUGUUGCUCAUUAAUGGAAGAUUGAUAAGGAAUCAAGCUCGGAUUAAGAUUGCGAUUAGAGAUUUCUACAAGAGUUUGUAUCAUCAGGAAGAGUCUCCUUUGAUCGGGUUUCGGGACGGAUUAGUAGAAAGAAUUAGUGAAGAUGAUGCUUUGGCUCUGGAGGUGCAGCCGAAUCCUGAAGAGAUUAAAGAAGCAGUGUGGGAUUGUGAAUCUUGCAAGGCGCCAGGAAGUGAUGGGUACAACAUGAACUUUAUAAAGAGGUGUUGGGCUGAAAUUGGAUCUGAUUUUACAGCAGCGGUAACGGAUUUUUUCCUUACAUCUAAGCUACCAGCGGAUGCGAAUCUCACUUGGGUGGCAUUGGCCCCUAAGUUCAUUGGUGCAAAGGAGAUCAAAGACUUGAGACCGAUCAAGAAGCGGUUGUUGAACAAUGAGAUGUUCUUCAGGUGCUUGAGCUCUGUCAUUUGCAAAGGCAGCUCACCAGAGAGUUGCAACUCUAUCAAGGACUUGCAGUUUCCCAUUUUGGAAGAUAUUGAACCGGAUAACCGGUUAUUAGAAAGACGUAGAAAAGAAAGAUGGGCCCCGGCGACGACUACUGCUGCUUAUUUCCCCUUGAGGUUGUACGCGCUAGUAGCAGCCUACGCAAUAGUGGCAAUCGCAGCAGCCUACGCAAUAGCGACUGCCUUGAAGAGUUUGUUGGCGGCAAUAAGCCCAGUUUCACUCAAGUACUCAACGGACUAUUAUCAGAUGAUCCUCGGCCACCCACUUUAA